AUGGAUCCAACAAGUCGAUACCAAGUGCUGCACAAUGAGGAUGACUCCUCCGAGGCCUCCGGCAGUGAGCAGCAGCCGUCCUCCGACACCCAGGCUGGAACAUCUCUGGACCAAAGCCAGACACAGAGCGAUGAACUUCCUGCUCCACCACCAGCAGAAGCUGGAGGUGCAGAAGCAGCUCCGCCACCUUACGCCUCUAUAGACCUGGGCGCAACUGCAGCUUUGCCGGAGACCAGUUUCCAAAGUGACUUUCCAGUGCCACCACCGUACAGCGUGGCCACUUCGUUGCCCACGUAUGACGAAGCGGAAAAAGCAAAAGCGGCGUCCAUGGCUGCUUCCGCCGUGGAGGUCGUAUCACGGGAGGACGAAUUUCUUCCCAGAGAUGAUUUCAGCGAUGCUGACCAACUGCGAGUUGGGAAUGACGGAAUCUUCAUGUUGGCCUUUUUCAUGGCCUUCCUGUUCAACUGGAUCGGCUUCUGUCUGUCUUUCUGUUUAACCAACACCAUCGCAGGGCGUUACGGCGCCAUCUGUGGCUUUGGGCUCUCACUCAUCAAGUGGAUUCUCAUUGUCAGGUUCUCUGACUACUUCACUGGCUACUUCAAUGGUCAGUACUGGCUGUGGUGGAUCUUCCUGUUGCUUGGUCUCCUGCUGUUCUUCAGAGGUUUUGUCAACUAUCUCAAGGUCCGCAAUAUGUCAGAAAACAUGGCCUCUUCGCACAGAACACGUCUCUUCUUCCUGUAUUAA